AUGAAUACCUUGCUCUUGUUAGAUGUUGCAUCAUCUCCACUACCAGAUAGGACAGAGGGACACUGCUCGUGGAACUGGCAGCAUGUUGGCAACAUCUGCUGGAAGAGCUUGUCGUCUGCUGGGUAUGCGGGUGGGGCUGAUGACGUCACUGAGUUUUGCGCACGUCACGGAGCCCACGUGUUCGUGGUGGGCAGCACCUACCUUUGCGUGAAAGAUGCAAAAGCUUCGUCUUCACCAAGAAGAACCCACAGAGGGCUGAUGGAGAUCAUCACCCCCUUGCAAAGAGAUUUAUGGGCAAUGUUGGAUUCUGAGGGCCGGUAGCAGACUCGUGACACCAUGGUCAGCUCCCAGCUCCAGCUAAUGAAGACUAGGUACAACAAGAGUCGUGUUUGGUUGCCAUGGUAUCGAGUGUGACGUCAGGAUCACAACAGACCAUUUGUUAAAUGAACUGGAUGGCGGCAACUAGCGAAAGGAUGAAGCCAGGAAAGCACGAGCAUCUUACAAACAUUGAAUUAGCUACUCAUGAAAUAAACAUCGCUUAU